UUUCUCCCGCGUCGAUCCCAGCUUCAAACCCUUGCAAAUGUCGGCGCGAGCAAUGCCGCUGACUCAUCCGCAUCCCAAUCCAUCCCAAUCCAGUCAAGUCGACUUUUUUUUAGUAUACCUUCAUUCCUCCCCGCGGUCCAGGCAACACCCAACUCCUGCCGGAAUUGAGAAGCCGAUGACUGAGCAGCCCGAAGUCAUUCAGGGAAUCUGUGUCGCCAGGAUCAAGAACGUUGCAGUGGAUCUAUCGGAUCCCUGGUUUGCUAGGUAGAGAUACCCCGCUAGCAUGAGUGGUCAAUCUUCGUCUCAACGUGCUGGUGGCCGUGUCCGAAGUGCUUGUGAUCUGUGCAGGCAGAGAAAGAUCCGCUGCGAUAACGUCCAGCCUGUCUGUGAGACAUGUCGUCUUGCCUGCGUGCCGUGCACCUUCACAGAUCAACCUGAGCUGCCCCGAAAAAGCCUUCGAGAUCAGCUCCAGGAUGCCAGAGCGCGAAUACAAGAGCUAGAAGCGCAAUUGGCCGUGCACCGUUCUUCGCCUAUCACAGACACCAGCGAGCGAAGUAACUCCGACACCUCGGCGAGUCCUUGGCUUCACUUAAUGACUCUGGACCACCUUCCAGACGGUCAUAAUCUAGACACUUCUUUGGCGACGUUUCAAGGAGAGAUUGCCCACUGCGGAGUGGGGAAAGCCGGCUCCAUUCAACGAUCGUCGUUCUUCUCUACAGUCUAUGAGAAAACCGGCUCUCCAAUCGAUCUCGACCACUUUCUUACCCAGGCGGCACAGUCACUCAAAUUCCAAGGCCUCUCGGAACGGAGAGGCCCCAAGCGGGCGCUGUCGCCUAAAUGGCCCUCCACGUCUCUGGUCCAGCACUCAAUAAAUCACUAUUCCAAAAGCGGGCUCUAUUCUAUCUUCCCGGUUGCGAAUGCUGAUGCGUUGAACGAAUUGGUUGAGGAGGGUGUACUGGACCAUCAAGAUGGCACUAUUCCCGCAGCUAAGCUGGCAUGUCUUUUUGCAUUCACUGCGAUGAUGAGCGUGAUGCAUCGACUCGAUUCGGCUUUCGUCGAUGCUGAACCUGAUGCUUACAUCCAGGCUGCGUUGUGCCUCGUACCCAGAGUUCUGAUGGAGCAGCCCACAAUCCGGGGCCUGGAAGCGAUUGUUUUGAUUAUGACUUACGUGAUGCCGGGUGCUCAAGUUGAACAAGGUCAAAUGCUCCUCUCUCUAGCUACUCGAAUGAUUCUGAGCCUCGGCGGCCAUCGAUAUUCAGCCAUCCACGAGCCAGAAGGGAGACACCUCCGAGCUCUGUUCUGGUUCUGCUACGGUGCAGAUAAGAACAUGGUCAUUCGCUACAACUGCUCGCCGCAUUUCAUCGACAUUGAUUGCGAGCUUCGGAUCCCGGACAACUAUGUCUUAUCGUCCUCCGACCACCAAUUCUUCUCGAGGCCACUUUCAAAUGACGAACUCCUCUUCCCCUCUGACGUCCGACUCUCCCUCCUCAAAUCCAAAGUCUACCAUCUGCUCUACUCCGACAGCGCUCGAAAACAGCCCGAGGCGCGUCGCCUGCAACACAUCCGCGAAUUAGACCAGGAGCUGACCGACCUCAAGGCCACAUUUCCGGUCAGCUGCUGGCCGGACCUCUUCGCCACAGAGACGGCACCCAACUACACCUUCCACGACCUGAGUCUGCGGGGCGUAUGCCUCCACCUGGAGUUCUAUUUUCUGGUUGGCAAAAUCCACGGGGCGAGUGGCGCUGUCGGCAGCAGCAGGAGCAAUCCCAGCUGGUCCAUCCUUCCAUCCAGCGCCGAGCUGUUCCACCAAGAAUCCCGAUCGAUCCUCACCUACAUUUGUCGGACGCGGGAGUUUCUCAAUUGGCACACAUUCUGGAUCUACGCUCAAUUCCUCCUUACCGGCGUCUUCUCGCUCUUCCAAUUCCUCAUCACCUACCCUGCCGCGCCGUCUUACACGAACGAUAUACAACUGCUGCAAACCGUGGUAGAUAUCUUUGUCGAUCUAGACAGGAACGAAUCGUCAGACAUGAGGGGACGAUUCCCGCCGUUCUAUUUCACCGUGUGUCUAGUCAAGCGGUUGAUGUUCCUGGCGAGGCAAGCUGCUGAGCGAGCCGCCGUGUGA